GACGCCCGCUCUUCUCCGUCCCGCUCUUCCGCUGCUUUUAGGGCCUUAAGUUCGCUGCGUUUAGAAAUGGCCGAGGAGUCCAGCAAGCCCGUUAAGUACUACACCCUGGAAGAGAUCCAGAAGCACAACCACAGCAAGAGCACCUGGCUGAUCCUGCACUACAAAGUGUACGAUUUGACCAAAUUUUUGGAGGAGCAUCCUGGUGGGGAGGAAGUCUUAAGGGAACAAGCUGGAGGUGAUGCCACUGAAAACUUUGAGGACGUUGGACACUCUACAGAUGCUCGAGAAUUGUCCAAAACAUUUAUCAUUGGGGAGCUGCACCCGGAUGACAGAUCAAAGAUAACCAAGCCUUCGGAAAGUAUUAUUACUACCAUUGAUUCUAAUUCCAGCUGGUGGACCAACUGGCUGAUCCCAGCCAUCUCAGCGCUGGUUGUAGCCCUGAUGUAUCACCUCUACACUUCGGAAAACUAAAUACAUUCUCAGAAGCCAAUGGAAGAAAAGACUGCGUUGGUCCAGGGAGAAAGAAGCCACCACUCUUAACUUCGACUGACAAACCCUUCACCUGAAAAUAAUCUGAAUACACCUAUUUUCCUUUCCUCCUACAUUCGACACAAAACAAACCAAAACUGUUCCAUUCUUUCGACUACUGAACUUCUAGAGUGUGCCUUCUUAUUCACCAACUUUGUUUUGCUGUUCCAUCACUACAUCAUUUGCUUAUUGUGGACGUGAUCUUUGAAAACAUACCACCAUGCUGAGCUGUCUGUUGGGUAUAUAAUUGUCUUUAGUGUUUAGAAUCUGAUUACUUGGCGGUUGUUUAAUGCGCUCAUCUUUCAGACCCAAGUUGUCCGAGGUAAGGAGGGGUGUCCUUGGGUCGUUCCUUGUGCUGCUUCAUCUAAUUGAAUGAUCAGAUUUUGCAUGUUUCUAGUGUAGGGUUUUUUUUUUUUUUUUUUAGGAAGGCCCAGAAAUAAUAGCUUAAAGAUUUCUAAUAACUGUUCUACAAAAAAAAACAGUCGAAUAGAUGAUAAAAAGGGAAAGCGGCCUACAAGACCUAGAAAAGAUAAUCUAUCUCGUCUGAUUAAAAACACCAGCAACGUCAACAAGAAGCCUAAGAACCAUGAGAGAACAUUGCCGCUGUGUCAUCUCUGAGUUUAAACAGUUUGCACAAAGAUUCUGAUUGCACAGAGAUUCUCAGCUAAGUUUCUCAGGUUUUACAGACUCUCCUUCAGAAGUGAAAACUGCUUUUCUGCCCCCAUAAGGCAAUCUUGAUUCCCUAAUCUGGGUUUUUUUUUGGGGGGGGGGUGGGGGGCGGAAUCUAAUC